UCUCUUCGGCUUCGGCCAAGCCUGCGCCUUAUGCUAUGCGCAUAAACUGUGGAGCACGUCAUGAUGUCCAUACAGCACCAACCAACACACUGUGGUAUAGGGAUUUUGGAUAUACAGGGGGAAUCCCUGCUAAUGCUUCCCUCCCCAGUUAUGUCAGUCCUCAUCUUGAUACACUUAGAUAUUUUCCUCUUUCUGAAGGGCCUGAAAAUUGUUAUAUUAUCAAUAGAGUUCCUAAAGGACACUACUCUGUGAGGGUAUUCUUUGGAUCGGUUCAAUUGAAAAGCGAUGAUCUUGAACCUUUGUUUGAUAUUUCUGUCGAGGGUACUCUUAUUACUUCGUUAAAAUCGGGUUGGAGCAAUGUGGAUGAUCAAGUUUUUGCUGAAGCGCAAGUGUUUCUUACUGAUGGCUCUGUUUCCAUCUGCUUUCAUAGCACUGGUCAUGGUGACCCAGCAAUCCUUGCCCUUGAAAUUCUUCAAAUUGAUGAUAAAGCAUACCAGUUCAGCCAACACUCUGGCCAAGGAAUUAUUCUUAGAACAGUGUUAAGGUUGAGUUGUGGUGAUGGAAGGCCAAAGUUUGGUGCUGACUAUGGUGGGGAUCCGUGGGGCGGUGAUAGGUUUUGGAAACCCAUUACUACCUUUGGUGGUGGUGAUAAAUCAAUAUCCAUUGAAGCCAGCAUUAAGCAAGUUUCAAAACCACCAAACUUUUAUCCUGCAGGGCUUUAUGAGAGAGCAAUCGUGAGUUCUGACAGUAAGCCCGAUAUAGAAUAUACCAUGGACGUUGAUCCUAACAGAAACUACUCGAUCUGGUUACACUUUGCCGAGAUAGAUGAAAGUAUCAAUGGUGUAGGACAAAGGGUAUUUGACAUUAUUAUAAAUGGUGACAUUGCAUUUGAAGAGGUGGAUAUUGUCAAAUUUAGUGGUGACCGUAAUUCGGCUCUUGUACUUAAUACAACUGUUCCCGUAAAUGGGAGGAGUUUGACAAUCACCUUGAAACCUAAAAACAGAGAUCAUGCCAUAAUCUGUGCGAUUGAGAUCUUUGAAAUUAUAGUUGCCGAGUCGAAAACUUUACCAGAUGAAGUAAAGGCUUUACAGACAUUGAAGACUACAUUAGGGCUUCCUGUACGGUUGGGGUGGAAUGGUGAUCCUUGUGUUCCCCAACAACACCCAUGGAGUGGAGCUGAUUGCCAGUUUGAUAAAAGUACCAGCAAAUGGGUCAUUGACGGACUAAAUCUCAGUGGAAAUAAUAUACAUGGAGCCAUUCCAUCCUCACUUGGAGCAAUACCAAGUUUGGAAGUUUUGGACCUCUCAUACAAUUCCUUCAAUGGAUCAAUCCCUGAAACACUCGGACAGUUGACCUCCUUACAAAGACUAUAUCUUAAUAGCAAUUCUUUGUCCGGAAGGGUUCCAGCUGCUCUGGGAGGAAGGCUUCUGCACAGAGCUAGCUUUAACUUCACUGACAACCAUGGCCUCUGUGGUAUACCUGGGUUGCGAACAUGCGGGCCACACCUUACCGCUGGAGCAAAAAUAGGACUUGCAUUUGGUGUCUUGGGGGUUUUUCUUCUUAUUGUUACAUGUUCAGUCUGCUGUUGGAAAAGGAGGCAGAAUAUACUGCGAACACAGCAAAUGGCUGCAAGAGAAGCUCCAUAUGCAAAGAAGAGGACCAAUUUAUCCCAGAACAUUCAGCUGUCCAGGCACCAUAAUCAUCAUGGCCAAUCGCGAACAGCAGCUGAAAAUGGACCGAUUUUGCUUUCAUGAUCCAACAAACCUCCAACUCACCCUUAUACCUAAUCUGGUUAAAGUCUGCUAUUGCUUGGGUGCCCGGACUGCGGUUGAUCCACGACAUGAAUCACUGGCCAUUCGAGUAGAUGGACUUGCAUGCUUACAUCAGUACAGUUUCUCGCAACCUUGAUAUUUAAAGUAACACCUAGAGGUUCCAGUAGAAACACUUACAGAAGAUCAGAUCCCUCAUGGGUGUCAUAUGUAGUACAUUGGUCCAAUUUUUUCUCCUUUUCAGUUUUGGUAAAGUUUGUUACACACGGAGGAAGUGGUGCAUAUAUAGAUCAAAAUGAAAUGUUGCUUCUUCCCAACAUUUCAUAUGGUUUAGUUUUUUUUUUGUUUUUGUUUUUAUUCGAAACUGAAACAUUAUAAAGAAAAGUCUCUGAC